AGCAAAACCGUAAACACCUUCUCACAUACAAAGGGUUGUAUUUUAAUCUGGCCAGUUUUAACUAAAGACAGAAACAUCUGAACAUCUUUUUUAUGCUUUCUGUAUUAAUGAGGCUGUUUUGGAUUUAGCUGGGUGGCUUCCAGGACAGAUGACUGACAUGGCUGAACUUUCUCAGGAGCUCUUAAAGAUUUUACAGUGUCUUGAACAACGUUACUUUGACCAAUUCAAGUGGUAUUUGAAGGAGGAUGGCAUCCUACCAGUUGACCUCGAGUUGGCAGAAAGGUGGAAGACAGUUGAUCUGAUGAUGGAGAAAUAUAAAGGUCCUGGAGCUCUGAAGAUAACCAUGAAAAUCCUUGAGGACAUUGGCAGAAACGAUCUGGUGGACCGUUUACGAAACUACCAAGAACCAAAAGAUAAGUCAGAAGAAGAUUCCAAUGCACAUCAUCCGGUGAACGGGACUUGUAAGGUUGCAACAAUAAGAGACGAGCUUGAGAGAGUCCAGCAGUUUGCAGUGGAUGUUACUCUGGAUCCUGAUACAGCUCAUCCUGAUCUGGUCCUGUCCAAAGAUGGAAAACAAGUGUAUGAUAGCAACGUGGCCAAGGAUCUCCCUGACAGCUCCAAGAGAUUUAAUAACUGUGGCAGUGUCUUAGGAAAGGAGAAGUUCUCAUCAGGAAUAUUUUACUUUGAGGUUCUGGUAACAGACAAAACAAGAUGGACUAUAGGAGUGGCCAGAGAGUCCAUUAACCGGAAGGGGGAUAUUUUUACGAGCCCCAGAAAAGGCUUCUGGACAAUCUGGUUAAAAAACAAAGUGUAUGAAGCUCUUGAUAACCCUUCAGUGUGUCUCCCUAUGAAGUCACGUCUGCAGAAGGUGGGAGUUUGUGUGAAUUAUAAAGAUGGUCUGGUCUCAUUUUAUAACGUGGAUACUGCAGAUCUUCUCUACUCCUUCACGGACUGUCUCUUUAAUGGGGAUCUCCUCCCAUACUUCUGUACCAAUAACAGUAAGGGAACAAACUCUGCCCCUCUGAUCAUUUGUCCUGUGAUUAACAAGAAAAAUAAGGCUGAACUGAAGAGAGUCCAGCAGUUUGCAGUUGAGGUGACUCUGGAUCCUGAUACAGCUCAUCCUAAUCUCAUUCUGUCUGAUGACAGUAAACGGGUUCACCAUGGUGACGUGAGGAUGGAACUCCCAGACAGCCCUGACAGAUUUAAUCAAUGUGUCAGUGUUUUAGGAAAGCAGAGUUUCUCUUCAGGAAUAGUCUACUACGAGGUUCAGGUUGAGGGGAAAACUGAGUGGACUGUAGGAGUCGCCACACAGUCCAUCUUCAGAAAGGAGGGUAUCACAGUAAAACCUGAAAAUGGUUUCUGGACUAUUACUUUAAGAAACGGAGAUGAAGUCGAGGCCAACGAUACCCCUGCAGUACGUCUGCAUCCGAGGGCACAUCCUCAGAAGGUGGGAGUGUUUCUGGAUUAUGAUAAGGGCCUGGUCUCCUUUUAUAGUGUCGAUACAGCAGAUCUUCUCUACUCCUUUACUGGCUGCUGCUUUGCUGAGAAACUCCUGCCGUACUUCUGUCCCUGGGUGAAUGAUGGUGGCUCGAACUCUGCCCCCAUAAUCAUCACUACUGUCAAUCAGUUUGAUUAGAUCAUUUGUUGGGUUAUUUGAAGGCGAUUGCAAUUAUAAGUGGCUGAAAUGAAUUUCCUUCGGAGAGUGGCCCAGCCUGAGAGAUUAAGCAGGAAUCUCGUACAUUCGGAGGGAGUGCGGCGUAAAUGAUUCAGCUGAGGUGGGUCCAGCAUUUGAUUAGGCUGCCUCCUGGUUGCCUCCACCUCAAAGGUUUUCUGGUCAUAUCCUAGUGCAGGGAAGGGCAACUCGAGGGCCGCAGUCCUGCAAGUUUUAGAUGUUUCCCUGCUCCAACACACCUGAUUCAAUUCAAAUGGUGCUCAUCAACAGCUUGCUGUCAUGUUCUUUCCAAGCAUGUUGACACAUUAAUCUAAUUUAAAUGUGCUGUUGCAAGAAACAUCCAAAAGCUGCAGGACUGCUGCCUUGGGGACGGACUUCGCCUAUUCCUGUCCUAGUGGGAGACCCUUGGGCAGACCCAGAACUUGCUGAAAGGAUACGCCUCUAAUGGUCAGAACAUGCCUUGGGAUUUCCCAAGAGGAGCUAUAGAGUGUCACCAAGGAGAGGAAUGUCUCGGUCUCUUUUGGAUAAAUGAAAGAAAAUGAACUGAACUGUUGGACAAUGUCAUUUGAAGGCUCUUUAUACCAAAACUACUAGUGGACUCUCUUUGGGGUAAAACCAGUGACUGCCAAUAGGGACUGGAGCCAAAACAUCUCUGGUGACAUCAGAUUUUCAGUUAAAAAGGUUCUCUACCCAUAAAUAUCAAUUCAAUGAAUGUUUACUGGAAGUCACCAUCCUGUCCUGUGCACUUUACCUGCUGUUUUCUCGAAGUCUAGUUGAAAUACCUCAACGUAGCUUGUAAAAGCUCAGAAAUAUGAAGAGUGACUUUAACCGCCAUGACUCAAAUUGACUCGGACAACUUGAUCUUAUGACAGAGAGAAACAUGGGUCCACAGUGCAAAGAUCUUUGUUUACUAAUAAAGGCUCAAAGAUGAAAAAUGUUGGAGUUUUCUUUUCUGUUUCCUUCAUAAAUUCAGCUUAAGUUUAGACUAGUCAGUCAGCAGGUAAAUAAGCUCACUGAUGUCCUACAAGCCCAAACAAGUUGUAAUCUCCUAACUAGGGGUGGAAAUCUUUAGUUACAUCACAAUUACAUUUUUAUCCAGAUGGCUGCAAUGAGAUUAUUAAACAAUUAGUGAUGCAUCUUUUUUCCCUGUGUGACUACUUGACUACCACUACUUAAGUGGAAACUUGGAAGAAAAUCUAUUGGA